UACCACUCGUCCCUUGAGCCGUGCCGCAGAGAGCUCACCUCCGCCCUCAAUAUUCUUGAUGGUCCUUGCCUCGGUGGCACUCAGACGAGCUGCUCCGCUUCUGCGGCCAUGUCUCCCGCUGAGGUCCCCAGCAGCCGCUGUGAGCAAUCUGAGCCGGCAGAUUGGGACAAGGCCGCGGUCCUCCCUGCAUCUCCCUUCCGCUAGCACUACAUGUCGCAACACAGUAGGCUCAUAUGGUACUUCGUCCAUUCUACGAGCCUCCAAAGCCCCUUUCUCUGCCCGAUGGAACUCGUCGAACGGCAAGGAUCCGUCCACCUCGGUCACCUCUCCCUCCUCGCAGCUGCCCGCCAAGAAGCCUUUUAGCAUCAGGCCAUACAUGGCCCUCAGCAGGAUAGACAAGCCGAUAGGUUCCUGGCUGCUCUAUUGGCCCUGCGCGUGGUCCCUCACCCUAGCAGCCCACACACUCGCCGUGCCGCUCCCUUCGCUCCUCUUCAAUCUAACCAUCUUCGCAGCAGGUGCCUUUGUCAUGCGCGGCGCAGGCUGUACCAUCAAUGACAUGUGGGACUCCAAGAUGGACAGGAUGGUCUCCCGUACCGCCUCUCGCCCGCUAGCAGCUAGGGACAUUACCUAUCUGCAAGCCUGGACCUUUCUCGGGCUGCAGCUCUCCGUCGGAUUGGGAGUCUUGCUGCAACUGAACUACUAUAGUAUUCUCCUCGGGGCAUCUUCCCUCGGAGUGGUGAUCAUCUACCCACUGAUGAAGCGGAUCACAUACUGGCCUCAAUUUGUCUUGGGUCUAGCAUUCAAUUGGGGGGCUCUACUUGGCUGGGCAGCUCUCUCCGCUCCUCCCGCCUGGUCUACCGUCCUGCCACUCUAUGCCGGAUCCAUCUGUUGGACACUCGUCUACGAUACCAUCUAUGCCCACCAAGACAAACGCGACGACGUUUCGGCCGGCGUCAAGAGCACCGCCCUACUCUUUGGCGACUAUUCCCGACCGGUGCUGACCACCUUCUCAGUGGGCUUCCUUGCCCUGCUUGCCAAGUCUGUUGCUACUACUGGCCCUCUCCUCCCAUCUUCGCUCGCGCUGCUCACUACUGGACACCCAUUCUUCCUUGCAGCGCUGGCCACUGCAGGAGCUCAUUUGGCUUGGCAGAUCAAGACGGUCGACUUCGAGAGGAGACCAGAUUGCUGGACCAAAUUCGUCAGUAAUCAGUAUCUGGGGCUGAUCAUUUGGAUCGGACUCUUCCUGGACUAUCUUGUUCAGGUCUGGUGGAGUGAAAGCGAGGAGCAGGAAAUUGAAGAGGGAGGGGAAGCGACGAUCGCACGGGCAUGAAAAGAUAAAGAUUGCUCUCGCAGCUUGAUACCAACAUGUUCCGAUGCAAAUACCAUAAAGUUGCAUAGAGAUGUGCAGAAACAGAGACGAGAUAUAUACAACGUAAGAGA